AUGGAGAGGGAGAAUGAGAAUGAGAGACGCCACAAGUUGGUGCAACAAAUUCAGCAUCCUCUUCAUGAGGAACAUCCCUUGGUGUUAGUGGCAGAGCAACGCAAUGAAGUUCUCAAAGCUUACUGUGGUGGAUGUGGAAAACUGCUUUCAGCUCCAUACUUCACUUCUAACAAGGAAAUCCUUGAGCAUGAUCGCAAGCGUCAGAUUGAGCUCAAGCUCGUGAUUUUGGAAGAUAAACUCGCUGAACAAGGUUACACUGAAUCUGAUAUUGCUGAUAAGCUUGUUGAAGCUAGGAAGGCUCUCCGAAGAUGCUCACAAGAGAAAGACGAAGAAGAAGGAGAAGUUAUACCAAUCCCUACUCGCCAGCAAAAGGUUUCGGAUACUCAGACCCACCAAGUUGCUGCAAGGAAGGAGAAGUAGAUGGAGACCUUUAGGGCUGCUCUCGAGAUUGGAGCAUCUAAAUCUGGGUUUCCUCCUCUGCCAAAUCGUCGAAAGAAUAUUGAUGAGCGUGAACAUUCCUUUUUGGAUAGAGAUCCACCUGUUUCUGUAGCCAUGGAUGUGGAUGAUUCUAAGGCAAAAGCAGACAAGAAAAAAGGUCAAGUAGUUGAAGAUGAAAUUGAUGAGUCACGACACCAGAAAAAGAAAAAGGAGCAAAAGAGGUCCAGGCAUCAUGACUCGGAUACAGAUGAUACUGAUACAGAUAGCAGUUUAGAGCAUUCGAAGAAAGCUACUCGCAAGAAGAAGAGUCGUAAGGGUUAUGAUAGUGGAAGUAGUGAUUUUGAUAACUAUGCCAGUGGCAGUAAGCUAAAAAAAUCAGCGAAGAAGCAUGAUAGACGCAGACAAUCUGAUCGGUCGAAGCUUGGUGCUGCUAGUUUGGAUGUUGAUGAUCGACAGGUGACAAUUAUAUUUAAUUUAGAUCCUUGUUCCAAGCUUAAAUUUUGCCAUAGCCUUCUGCGUUUCUGGAUCUUGCUGGCACAACAUCGACGUAGACAUGACUGUAGUGAGGAUGACUCUGAAACUGAUGGUGGGAGGGAAAAGAAUAGAGGUGAAGUUCAAAAGCAAAAGUUUGAGGGUAGUGAAUCUGAUUCUGAUGCUGACAGAGCAAGAGGGCGUAAAAAGGAAUUGAUUAAGGAAGGUCGUCAAAGGCAUGACUCCAGUGAGGGUGACUCUGAUUCUGAUGGUGGGAGGCAAAAGAAGAGAGGUGAAGUUCAAAAACGGAAGAUUGAGUCAACUAGGAGCCAGAGGAGAGAGAGGGACAUGGGUAGUGAAUCUGAUUCUGAUGCUGACAGAGCAAGAGGUCAUAGAAAAGAAAUGAUUAAGAAAGGUCGUCAUAGGCACAACUCCAGUGAGGACAACUUUGAUUCUGAUGGUGAGAGGCAAAAGAAGAGAGGUGAAGUUCAAAAGGAAAGAUUGAGUUGAGGGAGCCAGAGGAGAGAGAGGGACAUGGUAAGUGAAUCUGAUUCUGAUACUGACAGAGCGAGAGGUCGUAAGAAGGAAAUGGUUAAGAAAGGUCGUCGUAGGAAUGACUCCAGUGAGGAUGACUCUGAUUCUGAUGUUGAGAGGAAAAAGAAGAGAGGUGAAGUUCAGAAAGGGAAGAUCGAGUUGAAUGGGAGCCAGAGGAGAGGCAGUGAUAGUGACUCGGAUUUCGAUGUAGACAGAGCAAGAGAUCAUAAAAAGGAAAUAGUAAAUAAACGUGGUAAUAGGUAUGAUACAGGAGAUAACAGUGAUUCUAAUACAAGUGAUGUAAUGGUAGAAAAGGGUAGGAGAAGAGGUAGAAGACGUGAUUCUGAUGAUGAAGAUUCCAAUUCAUCCUAUGGCAGGAAAAUUGGCAAGGCUACAGAAGCUACAGAAAGGGUGGGUAGAAGGGGAUCGGGCUCUUUGACAGAUGAUAGUGAUGCAAGUUCUAGUGACUCUGACAGCACCGAUGUAAAGCGUCAAACCAUUGAAAAGAAGAAUGCUGCUGACAAAGACAGAAGAGGACAUAGAGGUGAUGAUGACAGUCAUGGUGUUAGAGGUACUCGUCGGUAUCAAGAAGAAAAAGACUCUCCAUCUUAUGCAGCCAAGAAUGAUGAUAGAAGGGGAAGGACCUUAAAUGAGGAUGAUAGAUUAGAGAGAUUGCAGAAAUCAGAGAGCAAUAGAGAAAUGAUGAAAGGCAAGAGGAAGUUUGAUGAUGAAAAUCAUGACGAGCAGCCAGAAUUGAAGUCAAGAAGUAGAAACUUAGGAAGUGAAUUGGAGCGCAAAAGGGAUAAUCCAAAGGAUGCUAGGCUUGAUUCUGAAUCAAAUGCCAAAGCUUAUGGGGAGAAUGAUGAUCAGAAUAGGGAUGAAUAUUCUAGGUGGGGGAAAGAUGACCGGAAUAAGGAUGAAUAUUCUAGGUGGGGGAUGGGUGACCGGAAUAAGGAUGAAUACUCUAGAUGGGGAAAAGAUGAUCAGAAGAGGGAUGAAUAUUCUAGGUGGGAGAAAGAUGAUCUGAAAAGGGAUGAUUAUUCUAGGUCAGUUAGGUCUGGAGGAGAGAUUGACUAUGAUAAUGGUAGACAAGAUGGCAGACUUCAAAGUAAGAUCACCAAACCAGAUAGUGGAUCUAUGAGAGACGAUCAAGAUUAUGAUGACUGGCGAGGUGGACAGAAGCGUGGUAGGGAUGAAGAGGAGCCACGAGGGAGAGAACAAGAAAGAGAUGAGAUUGACCAUAAAUAUAGAAGUCGUGGAAGGGAUGAGGAGGAGCACCAUGGAAGUCGUAGGCACAGAAAAGGGGAGGAAGAUGAUCGAGGGAACAAAGGUCAUGUGCGGGAUAGACAAUUGGAUCAUUCUGAGAAAAUGGCAUAUAAUGAUACUCGGUCUAGUGACAGAAGAUCGUGUAGAGAUGACCGACGUUGAUGGUUGUGGCAGCAUACUGGCUGCAAGUACGAAAUGGAACCACUUCAAAAUUGUCUCCAGGCUUUUCGAAGGCGGGUGUCCUUUUUUCUGAAUGUUGUGGAAAUUGAAUGUUCUUUUUGUGCGUGUGUUUUGUUUCCCCAUCUUCCUUCUCUCAUUUCCGUUGGUACUUGGUAAGGGAGUUUUUCAUAUUCUGACUAAUGAAUAAGUCAUGUGGAUGUUUGGAGGAAGUAGUAGUAUUUAUAAUGGCUUUUUGGUUGCAUGUCCAAACUAUUUCUUCUUUAAUGUAUAUUUGGUAUUUGUUA